UAGACACACUGCAGGGAAGACAUAGCCGAGGUUAGCUGUAGAGCAGCGCAGUUCUGUUGUAUCUCUAUUGCCGUUUUUGACAGAAAAACCUCCCUAUCAGCAUCCCUAUUACUAUGGCAACCGACAACUUCCGGUACUUUCGGUGACGUAACAACAUGGCGGCGCCCUUGUCUGUGCAGUUAGAGUUCGGAGGUGGCGCAGAACUGCUGUUUGAUGGGAUCAAGAGACAUCACGUGACGCUGCCUAGCCAAUCCAGUCCUUGGGACAUCAGACAAUUGUUAGUGUGGAUCAGACAGAAUCUGCUUAAGGAACGCCCGGAGCUUUUCAUACAGGGUGGCACAGUUCGUCCGGGCAUCCUUGUGCUCGUCAAUGAUGCCGACUGGGAACUGAUGGGAGAACUAGAUUAUCAACUCCAAGAUCAAGACAACGUGGUAUUUAUCUCUACAUUACACGGUGGCUAACUGUAAUAUUCAGGAGUUCAUAAAGACUUUGUCCUCGCACACGGCAGACGCCAGGAGAUGUCUGGCUACAGUCAGGUUCUCCGUUACUAACCGGCUCCGAUGUCCUCUUCUCCUCUGCAUUCUAACCAUCUGCCUUACUGCAUCCCCAGUGAUCUGUCCCAGGGCCUUGUCCUUUAUAAUGAACCAAUCUCAUGUUGUCAA